CAGCCGUUUCUUCUUCGGGCUUCUCUGCGUUCCUUGCAGGGUUUCAGUUUUUGCGCGCGUGAUACGCUAAACCACAGUCCAACUUUCUUCACUCGUAGCAUUCUGUGAUCUUCUUGCACAAAUCAAGCUUCCCGGGUAAUGCUUCCAAAAUGUACAAAGUAGCCUUGGUAUCGCCAAUGCCCCUCAAGCAGUUCCGGCGUGAGUAUGGGGCGCUGCUGGACGAUCUCACCCGCGAACAGACGGAACUGUGCGAACGGUUCGAAUCGCUGCGGCGCCGCCGGCACAUUAUCUUCUACAAACGGUUACGAUACAAGAUCAAGUGCCAGCUAGAACGGCACCGCGAAGAGUGGGUCGAAAUGCUACGCAAAACACUUCACGAGAAUGUGCCAACUCGGACGAUCGGCGGACGGGUUGCGGACGAUAGCUGGUACCGUAGCCACUUUCUCGACGCUGACGAUGCCACCCUGCUAGCAACCAUCCGGAUGGAUCGCCGUACCUAUCUCUACCUGGUGGACGUUGUGCGGGGCGAUCUGACGCUACCGUCCCAAGACCCCCAGGCACCGAAUGAAACGGUGAGCGUGGAGAAGCGAUGUGCCAUCGGACUGUACAAAAUGGCCAGCGGUGAAUGCUUCACCCAGCUGGGAACACGUUUCGGUGUACACAAGCUGACCGCGGCCAAUAGUUUUUACCGAUUCUGCACGACAAUCGUUAGCCGGUUACGGCGGAACGUGAUACGAUUGCCAGCGGAACAGGAGGCUCUGAAGCUGGCGGUGCGCUUUGAGAAAAACACCGGUCUACCGCGGGUCAUGGGACUGAUCGGUAUGAUGCACUUUCCCAUCACGAAAGCGCCUACUAAUGGAUACAUAAAUAGCGACGGCUGGGCAUCGAUGAUACUACAAGCGGUCGUCGAUCAUUCUGGGCUAAUACGUUUCGCUUCGAGCAGCCACGCAGGCGGUACGGACGGUUACACGGUGCUCGAGGAAUCGGAGGUCAACAAUCACUUCAACCACUCGGAACUGCCAACAGAAUUCUACAUCGGUGAUCAGGCGGCAGAUGAUCAAGCGGCUGUGAAACCGUUCCUAAUCGGUGGCCGCGAGUAUCCGCUACUCCCACAUCUCAUUACCCGCUAUUCGGCACCGGAAUCGCGCGAAGAGCUGCUGUUCAACAAACAUCUCGACGCUGCACUUGGUGCUUUCAACGUGACCAUGCGACGACUGAUGGCUCGCUGGAACGUACUGCGCCGGGGGAUGGAUUUCGAUCCACUGACCGUGCCCCGAACGAUUAUCUGCUGCUGUAUACUGCAUAACAUUCUCGAACGUCGCUCGAUACCGUUCGAUAUGCAGUGGAUCACCGCCGAUCGGAACGAUACACAGCCAACGGCGAAGCCCCCGGAACAGGUGGUAGCCCAUCCCGAUGCGGAGGUGAUCCGGGACUGGGCAAAACGGCGACUGGCGAUCCGUUUAGCAAAGGACGAAGCAAAGAAACCGCCCUAUCGAACAGUACAACGAACCAACCAUAGGAAGUGACACAUUAGUGGUGGAAUCCGUUUUCUUUGUGAUGAAGUUAAGCGGGAACAAAACGUGAUGGCAACCGAAAUGCUAUCAAUUGAUGAA